CCUCCGGCCCCUUGUUGUCACGACGUAGGUCGGGCUCUUCGCGCUGCUGCCGCUGUCGUGGGGAGCCGGGAGGGAAAAGCGGCUUCUCCUGCUCCCCCCCGACCAGUCCCCGUUCUCCCGGGCCGGGGGCGGCGCCCUCGCCAUGGCCACCAGCACCACGGGCUCUACGCUGCUGCAGCCGCUCAGCAACGCCGUGCGGCUGCCCAUAGACCAGGUUAACUUCGUAGUGUGCCAACUCUUUGCCUUGCUUGCGGCUAUUUGGUUUCGAACAUACCUUCAUUCAAGCAAAACUAGCUCAUUUAUAAGACAUGUUGUUGCCACGCUUUUAGGCCUUUAUCUUGCACUUUUUUGUUUUGGAUGGUAUGCCUUACAUUUUGUUGUACAAAGUGGAAUUUCCUACUAUAUCAUGAUCAUAAUAGGAGUGGAAAAUAUGCACAAAUAUUGCUUUGUUUUUGCUUUGGGAUACCUCACUAUGUGCCAAAUUACUAGAGUCUAUAUCUUUGAUUAUGGACAAUAUUCUGCUGAUUUUUCUGGCCCAAUGAUGAUAAUUACACAGAAGAUCACUAGUCUGGCUUAUGAGAUUCAUGAUGGGAUGUUUCGAAAAGAAGAAGAAUUGACCCCAUCACAGAGAUGCUUGGCUGUAAGACGCAUGCCAAGUCUACUGGAGUAUUUAAGUUACAACUGUAAUUUCAUGGGUAUCCUGGCAGGCCCGUUAUGCUCUUAUAAAGACUAUAUUACUUUCAUUGAAGGCAGAUCAUACCAACUGACACAGUCUGAAGCAAAUGGGAAAGAAGAUGUAAAAUAUGAACAAAGAGAUCCUUCACCAAAUAUAGCUGUGACACAGAAACUCUUAAUCUGUGGGCUCUCCUUAUUAUUUCAUAUGACUGUCACAAAAACUUUACCUGUGGAAUACAACAUUGAUGAUAACUUCAGAGCUACAGUAUCUUUGCCUAUGAGGAUUAUCUACCUGUAUGUGUCUCUAAUGGCUGCCAGGCCCAAAUACUAUUUUGCAUGGACUUUAGCAGAUGCAAUUAAUAAUGCAGCAGGGUUUGGUUUUAGAGGAUAUGACAAAAAUGGAGCAUCACACUGGGAUUUAAUAUCAAAUCUGAGAAUCCAGCAUAUAGAGUUUUCAACAAGUUUCAAGAUGUUUCUUGAUAACUGGAAUAUUCAAACAGCUCUUUGGCUUAAAAGAGUAUGCUAUGAGCGAGCUUCCUUCAGUCCUACGAUCCAGACCUUCAUCCUUUCAGCCAUUUGGCAUGGUGUGUACCCAGGAUAUUAUUUAACAUUUUUAACAGGAGUACUAAUGACAUUAGCAGCACGAGCCAUGAGAAACAACAUUAGACACUACUUUGUUGAUUCUCCUCCUGUUAAAUUAUGUUACGAUGUCAUCACAUGGAUAGCAACUCAAGUAGCAAUAAGUUACACAGUUGUGCCAUUUGUGCUGCUCUCUGUAAAACCCUCUUUCAUGUUUUACAGCUCCUGGUAUUUCUGUCUUCACAUUGCCUGCAUCUUAGUGUUGUUGAUAUUGCCAUUGAAAAGAACUCAAAAAGGAAGUAUAGAGCAGGAAAGCAUCAAGCCCCCAUGGCCCAAAAAACUAGAAGAAAACAUUUUGGGACAGAACAGUUAUUCCACAACAAAUAAUAGUUUCAAUCAGAAACGAGAAAUAACCUGCAGAUAUCCAACACUGAAACAAUGAUUGGGAAAUACUAUGAUGAAUAUAUUUUGUAUGUUUUCAAAACCCAUUUUUAGCACCUUUUAAAGGGGUUUGUAUUUGUUUGCAAAGGUUUUUAGUAAGAAAAGAAUGCUGUUACCUAGGGAAUAUCACAUACAAUAGCAAGACUGGAAACAAAGCAAAUUAACCCCUCCUAUGCCAUGUCCCUGUGGGUCAUGCCUUAUAUGAAAAUAUUACCAUUAUUUCAAUGGGCACUCAGGACUUGCAACGUAUGUCCAUAGGGUCAGAUGUGUGCCCCUUUGCUGAAUGUACGUUGUGUAUCCCAAGGCACUGAUGGGGUGGAAAACAGCUGUGUCAAUCUAAAUUAACACAUGGAAAUUAACUUUUCCAAAUGAAUGACUUGCCUUAAACCCUCUAUCUACUGAAAUAUUGUUUCUAAGUGAUAAUUUCAUGUUUAAUAUUAUGUGGGAACUGUAUAAUGUUGGGUGCUGUUUUUUAAAAAAAAACAAGACUAUGAAAUGGGAAACUGUUGAAAGGUUGUGAAUCUUUGAAAAGGUAUUGCAAUAAACAUCUCAGUAUUUGGAGGGUUUUCUUAGAUCUCAAACUAUUACAGUACGUUGCGGAACUGUAAACAUUACCAAUGCCAAAUUAUAGCUUAGUUUGAUAAAGAGAGUCUAAUUACAAAGAGCCCUUCUGAAAGGAUUUUUUUAAAACUAAAGAUUCACCUUUUUUUCUAGGGCUAAUAGCUCUGUUCUAGGUUUAUUUUAUUUUGUUGUUUUUAAAAACACUAAGUGGACUUUGAAGCUAGAGACAAAAUGGCAGUCAUAAUAGAAUACAGAUGAAGACACUGUGCAAGCCACCAGGCUUUCAGUGAAAGUGCUUCUUACCUUUAGCUACCGGAGUUCCUUAUUCUAGCACUUAAACAUUUUACAAAUAGUGACUUUUUAAUCUUUAAGAAGUCACUCUGAAGUUUCUCAGACAUAGAAUGGUUAGUUGAAGGUGCUUACAGUAUCGAAUAAAUAUAGCCAGAUUACCUUGAGGUUGUAACUCAAGUUACUAGAAAACAAAAGAUGAAAUCAUAUGUCAACCAGGCACUGUAUGCUUCAUCUUGAUAAUCCAUGGCCUUUCACCCCAAAAUGCCGGUGGGCUUUAAGGAAAGCUUUUUCUUUUUUUCUAAAAUUAAGAUUUCAGAUGCAGAAUUCACACUACACUUUUAGGUGAGAUUAUGGGAGAAAGCAAUGUUUGGGAAUGUGAGACUGAUAUUUCAUUUUGAAAUUAUAUCAAGGAAGUAAUGUUGUGAUUAUAUCUGUAACAGACCAUUUAUUGUGGUAAUGGCCUCUGCUAGAGAAAAAAUGUGUUCAAAGGGCUAUGUUUUUAUUUGCUUAUAUUCUGUAUUAUUUCCAUAUGAUUUUUAGUAAAUGCAAACUGUGUUUAUCCACAUGUUGUUUUAACUUUAAAACUUAUACAAAAAAUGCCACAGCAACAGUAAUGAAACUUAUUAUCAAACAAUAACAGCCAAAUGAGGUGAGUAAUAAAUUUCUUGAUUAAUA